UAGAGCGCAGCAAACCACGGCUGUGAGCGCAAAGAGAAGAAGAAGCAGAAGAAGAAGAAGAAGACAGCUGUUUGGUAAUGUUUACAUACGCAGGAUCUGACAGGAGGACGGCGUCAGAAACCUUCAUGUGAUGUUUGUGGCAGAGAUUUAACUCGUCUUCUUCCAUCAUGGAGACGCUUUUUGACCUCUUCACGAUGUUCAACGUCAAAGCGAGCAGCGGCUCCGUGACGCUCAGCCUCCUCCUCGUCUUCCUGGGUCUUCUCUACUGGUAUUCCGUUUAUCCUUUCUCGGUCCUCUCUCGGUACGGCAUCAAACAUCCGAAGCCGGUGCCGUUUUUUGGGAAUUUGUUUUUGUUCCGGGAGGGUUUCUUUAAACCUCUCAACGAUCUUAUAAAAACCCACGGCAGAGUGUGCGGGUAUUAUUUGGGCCGUAAACCGGUGGUGGUGAUCGCAGACCCCGAUCUGCUCCGGCAAGUGAUGGUGAAGGACUUCAGCAGCUUCCCUAACAGAAUGACUCUGCGCUUCGCCACCAAACCCAUGGUGGACUGUUUGCUGGCCCUGAAGGACGAGCGGUGGAGGAGAGUGAGGAGCAUCCUGACUCCGUCCUUCAGUGCUGCCAAGAUGAAAGAAAUGGUUCCGCUCAUCAACACGGUAACGGAAGUUCUGAUGAAGAACCUGACCACCCACGCCGAGUCCGGCCAGGCUUUCGACAUCCACAGGUGUUUUGGCUUCUUCACCAUGGACGUCAUUGCCAGCGUGGCCUUCGCCACCCAGGUGGACUCUCAGAACAAACCCGACGACCCGUUCGUCCACCACGCUCAAAUGUUCUUCACCUUCUCCUUCUUCAGGCCCAUGAUGAUGUUUUUCAUUGCUUUUCCCUCCUUGAUGGCUCCCGUGGCGAGAUUCAUUCCAAACAAAAGGCGAGACGAGAUGAGUAAUUUCUUCAUCCACAACAUUCAGAAGAUCAUCAAGCAGAGGGAGGAGCAGCCUCCAGACCAGCGGCGCAGAGACUUCCUUCAGCUGAUGCUGGACGCGCGAACGGCCAAAGAGUGUGCGUCUUUGGACCAGUUUGACACCUCCAACCACGGAGACGAGACGCUGACCAACCCCAAAGCGGCGUCUUCGGAUCAGGAAAGCAGCCGCUCAGAGGAGUCGGCGCUCAGGCGUCCUCAGAAGAAGAUGAUGACCGAGGAUGAAGUCGUGGGCCAGGCCUUCAUCUUCCUCCUGGCGGGCUACGAGACCACCAGCAGCACUCUGGGCUUCACCUGCUACCUGCUGGCCGUCCACCCCGAGUGCCAACACAAAGUGCAGCAGGAGGUGGACCAGUUCUUCAGCAGACACGAGUCACCCGACUACACCAACAUCCAGGAGCUGAAGUACAUGGACAUGGUGGUGUCCGAGACGCUACGGCUCUACCCUCCUGGAUUCAGGUUUGCCAGAGAGGUCGAGGAGGACUGCGUGGUGAACGGCGUGCGCCUCCCGAAAGGAGCAACGCUGGAGAUUCCCGCCGGCUUCCUCCAUUACGAUCCGGAAUACUGGUCUGAGCCGGAGAAGUUCAUCCCUGAGAGGUUCACUGCGGAAGCGAAGGCCAGCCGGCACCCGUUUGUCUACCUCCCGUUCGGGUCGGGACCCCGGAACUGUGUGGGGAUGAGGCUGGCCCAGCUGGAGAUCAAGAUGGCCUUGGCUCACCUGUUCCGCAGCUUCAGCGUGGUGGCGUGCUCCGAGACCAAAGUUCCUCUGGAGCUGAAGUCGUCCAGCACGCUGGGACCCAAGAACGGCAUUUUUGUCAAAAUUACCAAAAGAGAAGCUCAAGCAGAUUCUCCUCCAGAGGAUUAGAAACUAACCUUUAGGAAAAGAAAGGAAGGAAAUCAUCUGAACAGGAUUCCAGCUCUGUGAAACCAUUGAAAAUGGAAGCGACAGUCGGUUCUGAUGAGCUGGAGAUGCAGAUUUGCACCUUUUUGCUGCUGAAAUCGUCUCUUUGCAAAACUUCCACUAAACAAAAACUACAACCAUGCGGUGAAACCUCCCUGGUUUUAGAAAAGAGAAAGUAUAUCUAUAGGUUUUAAUCAUCAAUGUGAUUCAAAUAUAUUGAUUUUUUUUAAUAACACAGUUGUAUUUGAUUUACUGAAAUAAAACUGUUCCAAAUA